AUGUUGAUACGCUCUGAAUCUUGGUUCCAUGUGAUGGUGAAUGUUAACUCUCAGGUUUAUUGCCUGAGGAGUGCCUGGGAGAUGAGUAAAACAUGUCUUGAAAUAAAGGCUCUCAGAGACAAAGCGAGGGCAUUAACAAUUGCAGAAAAUGCCAGAAUGCAAGGGUUGGCAGGAUUUGACCUCUCCAAGGAAAAUGAACGUCUUUAUGAAAGUAAAGCAAUAAAUACAGAUGAGGUGAGCAAGGGCAUCUACUUCAGCUAUCCAAGUCGACGACACAGCUGUGCUUUGGUCAGCAUCCCUACACCAUGCGUCAGCAAAAUGAUUGCCCACAUUGAGGAUGUGGAGACCAAAAUACAGGAGCAUUUGAAACAAUUUGAAGCUUCUUUUGAAGAAUGGACCUCUACCACGAAAGAUGCAAAAGAAGACGUGGGUGUCACUGCCCCAGAAAAGGAAGUCCACCCAGAAAAGGCAAGGGAUGAGAAGUGUCCGGAGCUGAAGAAGAAAAUGGAGACAUUGCUAUCAGAGGCCAUUCACCUCAUUAAAAGUCUGGAAACUGACAGGGCAGAAGCCGAACAUGCUUUAAAACAACAAAAAUCAAGAAAGAGAAGGAUUAGCAUGAAAAUUGACUCUUGGUCUAUUUGGAAACUCCAAGAGCUCCCCACAGCUGUGCAGAAAGAGCAUGAGCACUUUUCCAAAGACAUCGCAGAGCUGAAUGGCUAUCUAGAAGAAGCAGCCCACAAAGUGGAGCAUCUGGAGCAGCAGAAGGAGAAGCUGGAACAAGCUAACGCCAAGAUCCAGAAGGACAUCGAUUACAUGAAUCACCAUGCCCCUCUGCUGGAGACAAAGCGGAAGCAGGAGCUUCAAGCUCUGAAGGAGCGCUAUCAGAAAAAGUUUGAGGUAAUGGAACAAUUUAGAGACGUUCAGGAUGAGCUUAAAGUUUCCGUAGAACAGUAUGAAAUUGCAAAAUCAAGGUUCGAGCAAAUGAAAGAAGAUGAUGAAAAAGACCUAUACCAAGAGGAAAUAAAUGUAGAAUCCUACAAGAAGGAGCUAGGUAAGCUGAAAACUCUGCAGGCUCACUACUCAACCUCAAUUGAGUCUGUGAACAUACACAUUGAAGAGGAUGAGGAGACAAUGACUGAGAUGCUGAGAGAAACACAGAGCACAACAAAUGAAGUGUCAAAUUUGCUGAAAACAGUAGAUGAUCUGAAGAGACUGUUUGAUCAAUAUUCCUGGAAGCAAAGAAAUCUUGAGCAGCAAUACAUGGAGGCACUUUGUAGUUAUUACUCCUCAAAAAAAGCAUGGGAUGUUGAGCUGUCUAAUGUUUCGAAAGACUUCACUGAUAUUUCAACAAAGUAUAUGGCAUUGACAGAAGAAAACAAAAGGUUCCAAUCUGAAAUUGGAGGCAUAACAGAGGAUAUCGGGGAAAGUCUAAGGAAAAAAAUGGAGUAUGAGUCUGAAAGUCAGUCAUUGCUGGACCUGAAGAUAAAGAAUAACAACUACCUCAGGGAGCUCUACAAGCAAUCUUAUAACAUCGGGGCUAUUUACCACCUAGCUAAACAUAAAACAGAUGAGAUAGAGAACCAAAUAGCCGAAGUGAGAAGAAAAUUCAAGGCCAGAGAGGAGUUCCUGAAGAAGCUCACUCGAGGUGAAAUGGCUGUGGGGAUUGAGAUUCAGAAAAGGUUGUAUUCCAUUGAAGAAACUCAGUUCCAAGAAAUGCAGGAAUAUAUGAGAAGGAAAGCACUGUACAUUUUGGCUCUGACAGAAAUAGAAAUGCCACUGCGCCAGAUAGAAGCAGACGCUGUAAGAAUCCGAGUUCUCCACCAAGAACAUUCCAUUAUGCUUCAAGAGAUACGGGAGAAGAAGGAUCUUGUUAAAAAGAAAGUAGACGCAGCAAAGAAGAAAUUACGAAGAAGGAACAAGAAAAGCCGUAAGGAACUCACAAAAACUGAGGGGAAAGGUUCGCUAAUUCAUCAAGAAAUAGAGACAACUAGAAGCAAAACAGUUAUUCUCAAUGAAAAAAGCAAGGAACUGGGUGAAGAGAUAAAAAUAAUGAAACUGGAAAAGAUAAAUUAUGAAGGCAAACUUGAAAAGUUGAAGGAUGAGUUCAUCAAGCUGAGAUUCGACAAGGAACAUGCUCAAGGUGUGUUUGACCAUCUCAUGCAAGAGAAGCAACACUGUGAGGAGAGAAUCUUUGUCGAGGACAGGAGGUUCCGAAGGCUUGUGGAAAUGAGAAAGAACACCCUGGCCGACAUCCGGAAACUUCAAGAAGAGACACUAGCAGAAAACCUGCGUUUAGCUAAAGAGUAUCAAAGCAUGCAGAUGAUUUUCUUAAAGGAGAAGGAUGCCUACUUCAAUGGAUAUGACAGACUGCUGUCACUCAGUUCCUCCCUUUGUGACAAGAAAAAGCUCUGUCAGCUGCAAGAAAGGCUGGACAAGCAAUGGCAAGAAUACUUCAAACUGGUGAUCCUUUUUAACCAGAACAGGCUGAUCAAGUUUCAGGGAGACUCCCAGGACAGCAUUCAGAAAAUAUUAGAAGUGCAGGAGGAAUCUUCAAGUCUAAUGCAACACAUCUUAGAUUUCUUCCAGACUUUGACAUUUGGUUCAUGUGGAAAAGAUGGUUAACCAAACAACCAAUGUAUCUUGGAAGCUGGAAGAAAAGACAGGAAAAGUCGCACAGUUCAGAUAACAGUGUAAUUGGACAUUCACCUGUUUGCCAUUUCACACUUCCAUGGACGAAAAACUCACUCACCUCCCAGCAUGCUUUGCCACUCUCUUACUUACAGCAAAUCCAUAACAAUGAAACAGGUGACUUUCAUGCUGCUGUCAGGAACGAUCUAAUUUCAGCUCUGGGUGACUGAUUGCAAUUGGCUUUGCCUCAUCUGAUAAUUAAUCUAUGUCACCAUUAAUUGGAAGAGAGAAUAAUUACUGGCAGUGUUGACAGUGACUGCUGGCUUCCCCAGAUUUCCCCAUCGUGUUGGCCCAAAUAAAGGCUUUUCGAGUCAGUA